GUGGGAGAGAAUCGGUCGUGCUGAAAGACACAUCAUCGUCUCUUUCUACUGUUUGGGUAUCGGAAUGAACACUUAUGGGGCCUGCAGUGACAUGAGAUGCUUUAUUGAGUCGCUCGCUGGCACUGAUAAUCUUCUGAACUUUGUACAGUUGUGUUUUGGUGUUUAUCGAGCGUGUAUCAUUGAAGCCACUCAGUCGAGAACUUCCACUCGACACGUCCACAUCUCGCUUCAGUAAGUACAUCAAUUUUCCAGUGUCCACUACCAAUAUUUAUGCAGACGACACAAUGACAGGAGCUGGCGUUUUGAGUAUUCGAGAGGUAAAUGCGCUCGAAAUUGAGCAGUUCGAGUGGUUGUUCGGUAAUGUGAUAGAGCAUUGCCCGGAAGCAGCUCGUGCAGUUGCUCUCCAGAGACCUUUUGCGACAGUUAGAGGCCUCAAAAGAGCGUUUUGUGAUUAUUUGGAUGGACUUGAUACAUAUGCGAAAGAAUCCGUGUUAUUGAGUCACCCAGAUUUAGCUGGUAAACUCUGUGAUGAGAAGAAAUUGACGCAAGAAUCUGAAAACGAGCAAAACAGCGCGGGGAUCAACGCAAUGACGAAGGAGGAGAGACUCACAUUUAAUAAUCUCAAUCAAAUGUAUAAGGAAAUAUUUUCAUUUCCCUUCGUCAUCUGCGCGAGGGAAAACCGAGUGCAGACAAUUCUGACAGCCAUCGAGGAAAGACUCAAAAAUUCUAGGAAAGUAGAGUUGAAGACUGGAAUUGAGGAAGUCAAGAAAAUUUGCAGUCUGAGGAUCAACGAUCUCGUGUGGCCCGACGCAUGACAUGAAUCACGAACGACAUAGGAUUGUUUUUUUACAAAUUUUGGAAAUAAAUUUUUAUUUAGUUGUAGAUGUAAAUGAGUAGCAUUUUAUUAACAAUUCAUCAGAUUACGUGAAAUUGUUGCAGAAUUAUGGACUUAAUAUCAUGAAGAAGAGCUUACAAUAAAUUGAGAGUUCGCUCGAUAA